CAUUAAACACGACAGGAGACACCACGAUGAAUAUUCAAAAGAGCAGCAGAGAUUGUAAUCAAGCAACAGCUCCACAGGAGCUGAGGAUCCUGGGAAGCUGCUGAGAUAGGCUCCCACACACAAAGGUAAACAGAAAAACACUGCCGCAACAUAUGGUACCACACAAAGAACAACGUGCAAUCAAGUGGUGAACGAUCGCUGGUUUUACGUCUGCACAGCUGUUUUAUGAAAUGUUUUUUGGGCGCGGCUGGGCUAGCCGGAGUUUUUUAAAGAAAUAUCCAGGUGCCAUAACCAAGGGGGUUGGGGAUCAUUGAAUAUGGAGAGAUAAUGUCAAUAUGCUAGAAAACACGUGAAGGAAAUUCAUCACAAGGUUGUGCAACAAACCCAGAAACUCUACAGGCCUCGGUCAGCAGGUUAAAGAUUAACGUUAAUGACAUCAUAAAAAGACUGAACAAGCAUGGCUGUUUGAAAAGGUCGCAAGAGAAAUCUUCUUCUAUCUAAAAGAACAUAGCUAAAUGGCUUAGGUUUGCAAAGCUAGGGGUGGACAAAACACAAGGAAAACACAGGAAUCCAUCACUGCAGGUUACCGCUGCUAAAGGAUGUUGUACAAGCUGCUGAAUCAGGUGGUGGACUUGUACACAUAACUGUAGCUACAGAUUUAUUUCUAACCAAGGGGCUGAGUGAAUAUAUUGUGUAUUGUGAAUAACCUCUCUAUGAUGUUUUUAAACAGUUUGGCUGAGAUGGAAAAAAAACUUCAGGAGGCAAAGACUGUGAUUAUACAUCAAGAGGAGGAACUGAAUUCAGUCAAAGAGAGUUUGACAGAGAUGGAAGCAUUUUACAAAGUGAGCCUGAAAAAAGCAGGUUUGGCCGCGAUGGAAGGGUUUUACAAAGAGAAACUCCAAGAAGAAAGAUCUGCACAUAAAGAAACUGAAGAAGAAUUGAGAUCAUUCAAAGACAGAGUGGCAGGAGAGGUUGAUCUUUCACUAAAGACGGGGAACUCUGAAAACAUGAACAACCCAGUGAAUGAAACCAGACUGAAAGAGAUGUAUGAAGAGCUGAGGAAGGACUGGACUAAAAACAAGUCUUUUCUGCAGACAGCUAACAGAGACACAGAGACAAUCAAAGCCUGGAUUCAGCGCAGCUUUCUAUGUGGGGAAGGGGAUAUGGAGCAGAAGAAGAAACUGAUAGAGUUAGCAUUUAACCUAAAUGCGGACCACACUCGAGCAUCUCAGAAGGUUCAUGAAUACACAAAGUUAACCAUUCAGAACCUUCAGCUUGCUGUUUACUACAGUUUUAAAAACACUACUGCUCAGGGGUUCCACGGACAGGAAGGUGAAACUCAUGACAACAGCAUGAAUAAUUUCCUCUCGAAGUGCCGCUGGCUGAGCAGCUUAUUGGCUUUGAACAAUCCACCGCUUCAGCCUGACUGGAUAAAUCAUCAUCCAGGGCAAGAUGCUUGGAACAUUUUCCCACAAGAAAUCAGAGCUGAUUCUGCCAUGUCACUCUGCCAGGGCCACUCUGCAAAUGUCCCUAAAUGUUCUUCGCCAUCCCAGGACCCAGACAUGAACAAGACUGAAGAUUCCUAGAAAGAUCUUCGUAGAACAUGUCUUCUAUCCUGUCUUCCUUCUCUCACCCCAACCACUCGCAGUAGAUGGC